AUGUUGCCUCCCAUUGCCCUGCCCAGCUUAUCUUGGAUGCUGCUUUCCUGCUUCAUGCUCCUGUCUCAGGUUCAAGGUGAAGAACCCCAGAAGGAACUGCCCUCUGCAUGGAUCCACUGUCCCAUAGGCUCCAAGGCCUAUGGCUCCCACUGCUAUGCCUUGUUUUUGUCACCAAAAUCCUGGAUGGAUGCAGAUCUGCCCUGCCAGAAGCGGCCCUCUGGAAACCUGGUGUCUGUGCUCAGUGGGGCUGAGGGAUCCUUCGUGUCCUCCCUGGUGAGGAGCAUUAGUAACAGCUACUCAUAUGUCUGGAUUGGGCUCCAGGACCCCACACAAGGUUCAGAGCCUGAUGGAGAUGGAUAAGAGUGGAGUAGCACUGAUGUGAUGAAUUACUUUGCAUGGGAAAAAAAUCCCUCCACCAUCUUAAACCCUGGCCACUGUGGGAGCCUGUCAAGAAGCACAGGAUUUCUGAAGUGGAAAGAUUAUAACUGUGAUGCAAAGUUACCCUAUGUCUGCAAGUUCAAGGACUAGGGCAGAUGGGAAGUCAGCAG